AUGGAAGCAAUAGAUGAGAUCGCGGUGGAUCCCGAUUUCUACACUUUGGAAGAUUGCUACAACAGGGAUGCGCAGGACCUUCAGUCCGAUACCACCUCCAUUGCCUCCGCGAUCGCGAGGGGACGGCUAGAGAACGGCCGAAGAUACCAAGCCAUUAAAGAAGAUGACUACUGGGGUCCUUCUGACGAACAGCAAUUCGAGGCUUUUGAGAUUGGCCAUAUGGUGUUUCUUGUGCUAGAUUACGAUCAGCCAAAUCCUCUUUUCCGCGCCCCUAUCGGCAAUUCGCCUAAGAAUAUUUUGGACAUCGGAACUGGCCAAGGGAAUUGGGCAAUUGACGUUGCCGAUCGCUAUCCGUCAGCUACCGUCCGCGGAGUGGAUAUCUUCCCUCCGCCUGUGACAUGGAUGCCACCGAACUGCAUCUUCGAGGUGGAUGAUGUACUUCGCGAGUGGACAUGGCGAGAGCCCUUUGACUUUAUUCAUAUGCGCCUAAUGUACGGCGCAUUCCCUCCUGAGGGAUGGCGCCAGCUAUACAAACAGGCUUACGACGCCCUGGAGCCGGGUGGCUGGAUCGAACAAAUGGAAUUGGACGUGCGAGUCUAUAGUGAUGACGGUUCCUUGAAGAAAGAACACCAGCUAUAUGGAUGGGGCGACAUGUUUAUUAGAUGCUCUGAGCGAGCUGGACGCUCACUCAGAACCCACGAAACGAUGCGCAACGCAAUCCAGGAAGCUGGGUUCGUGGAUGUGCAUGAGGAAAAGUAUAAGAUUCCCCUCGGACCUUGGGCUAGGGAUAAUAUACUCAAGGAGACUGGACACCUUCAGCAUGGCCAUUGGAACGCCGCUCUGGAAGGUUGGGCGAUGUGGCUGCUCACUCACUAUGGGGAGCCGGUGCCGUGGACAAAGGAGGAGGUGCAGGUGUAUUUGGCUAAAGUGCGCAAAGAGCUGAACAAUCCGCAAAUUCAUGCUUAUGAACCUGCGAACCGUGUGUGGGCAAGAAAGCCUACCAAGGAGGAAUUGAAAGUGAAGGCAAAUAUUAAGGUUGAGAGAUCGCCGUAA